AAUGUAUUCCAGACAUCAUGCACUGAUCGCGCGUACUUGACGCGCACAUGAUUGACAGUGUGAAGUCGAUUAUGUUGCGCAGAACAAGGAAGAUUAUAAUUUAGGCGAUUCAGACGCUCGUAGAGCGAGCGCGACCGAUAACCAAACAAGACACAACUAACGAUAAACAUUUAUGAGCGCAUUUAAAACAACUCGAACUGUUUGCUAAUCGUCAAUCGCGAGUUAACCGCACAACAAACCACAAACCAAAAAGUGAUACAUCAACAAAAUACAUUUAAUAAUUAUCUACAAAACUACAAUAAUACAAUAGCAAGCAGCAAGUUAAUAAACGAGUUUUUCGUGCGCGUAUUAUUUUUUCUUUUUUUGUGUGAAACAAAGUAUUUAGACAAUGUUUUAUUCACCGGACGAAAUCCGCAAACACAAUGGACAAAACGGCACAGACACAUGGAUCGUUGUCAGAGACGUCGUUUACGAUGUUACGCCAUUCCUCGACGAGCAUCCAGGCGGACCGGAAUUAGUUCAAGAGUUUGCUGGACGCGAUGCUACCGAAGCAUUCGACAAGGCGAUGCAUUCCUCAAGUGCCAAAAAAGAUCUAGAAAAAUAUCGUAUUGGUGACACAAAAUGGGUGUCAUCUGAUAAUACUACCACUACCUCCAAUACUAACGCUUCUCCCAAACCUGAAGGAAGAAGUUUCCUCUCUGCUAUAACCUGUGGAAUGUGUUGCUAAAGUAUAUGAAGAUGACUAGUAUUUUUACCUCAAGACUUGAACAAAAAGCAGUUAAAGUGAUUUGUUAUAAAUUAUUAUUUAAAAUGUUAUAUUGUAGUUAAUCAUACCUAAUUAUGUAUCCUCUUUGUAUUAUUAUAAAUAACUAUAUAUCUUGUUUUAUUAUA